UCCAAAAUGGCGACCAUGAAGACAUCUCCGAGUUUAGUCAGUUUUUGCGUAUUUAAUUCGACGUUUGGUCCUCGGGAAGGCACGGAACAUCAAAAAAUUAUACUGUAUAUUCCAACUGAAGAGGACAUCGACAAGAAAAUAAGAAAUAUUGGUCUAUGUGAGGCACUAAUUAAAUUCACAGAAACAUUUCAACCGUCAAAGCCCUGUGAAUCGCUGCACACGCAGAAAACUAGACAAACAUUUUUCCAGCCUGAGCCAGAAUACUGGAUGGUUAUGUCAACCAGUGUACCUUAYAGUGAGAAAAUUGUCAAAGAUGGCAAGAAAGUAGUUGACCAUCAUGAUGAUGACCUACUGGAUAGUAUAUUAGAUGCAGUUCUCAAACAAGCAUACAAAAUGUUUAGAUUAUUCAAUGGAACCUUCACAUACCUCUUUAAUACAUAUAGCGUGGAAACGUUGCGGAAAAGAUGUGAAUAUUUUUUUGUACAUUAUCUUCAAACCUUGAAUUUCUCUAAUUUUGAUGUAAUGGAUGUCUUCUCAGGCAUUCAAUUUCUUCCCUUGGAUAAAAACACCUUUUUAAAAGUCCAGUCUUUUGUCAACCUGGUAGAGCACAGUUUUCUGCAAAUAAAGUAUUCAGCAUUUUUAUAUUCAGAUAAACUAGUUUGGAGUGGGCUGGAGCAGGAAGAUAUGAGGGUUAUGUUCAAGUACCUGGUUACAAGUUUAUUUCCAUCAACGCUAGACACAGAGUGCUCAGAUAAUCCAAAAUCAUCACAAGGCUAUGUUGUAGUACAACCAAAAUCACACCAUGGCAGGUAGGUGAAGGUUCCCGGAUCGGYGGAUUCGGAGACCCCUAUUCCCCCCCCUUUAUUUGUCAAAAUAAUUCUCACUAUAUCCCUAUUUGGUCAACUCAUUGCAGAAAUUCAAGAAAUGCUUAUUUUUAACUUUUGUUGUCUCUUUAUUCCAGCUCCUUCACCAAACCUAGAUUUCUACAAAAAGCUUGAYAGUUUUAUUGGUCCUCAGCUCACAAACUUAGCAAACAUCAUAUGUGAACAAACAGCCAAGAAAUCACUAAAUACAGAGCAACAGUAUCGGUACAUCUACUUUAAUCACAUGAAUCUGGCUCAGAAGUCUUCAAUCCAUCACAGACGGUCAUCUGGUUCUGUKAUUGCUCCUGAGAUUAUGAGACUUAUUGCUGAUAUUAGUGGGGAUUUUCAAAGUUUUCAAGAGGAUGGUGAGACAUACGUCAAGACAAUGACUGACUGUUGGGUUGUUGGACGCAAAUCAGACCAGAGAGAAUUCUUUGUCAUCUUAAAUCAAAAAAGUGCCAACCUUAUUGAAAUUAAUGAGGAAGUAAAGAAGCUGAGUGUAUCACAUUUCAAUAACAUAUUCUUUAUGGAUUAAUUAGUUAUUAUUGUUGUUAUUACGCAUAGUUUAAUAUGUGUAUGGACAUCAUUUAUCUGUAKCRCUGCUUUGUGAAUCUUAGCAGCUGUUACGUCACUUGGGACAACUUUUUAUACGUCAAUUGACACUACAGAACCAUCCCAGAAAAAAAAUGUUCUGAUUUGAAAUAGACAGCUAUCAAUCAAAAACAUUGUUCUCAAACCAACCAAUGGUGAGAUUUAAAAGCCUGUUUGCAUUUGUGAUUUUAGAAGAGUGAUUCUCGCGGCGAUCGCCUGGCCUGAGGUUCGAACACAUGUCGAACAUGCUUGAAAAAUGGCUGCAACUUCGCGGCGAUUUUCCAUCGUCUCCACAAUCGCAGGGCUGUUUACACUUACAAUUUGAGUUGCGCGAUAGCAAAGUGGCGGUUAUCGUGCUACAAAAAUUGCAAGUGUAAACGGGCCUUAAAAUUCUUUUUGUUUUUUUUCACAGCAGUUUGUCACCAUUUGCAUUUUGUAAAAUGUAAGUUUCAGUGCUCUUUGGAUUUUGAUUUCAUGAAAUUUUAAUAAUAAUUCGUUCUUAGGAAGGUCUUACUUCCAGGAAUUGUAAACUUGGUAGAAACGUUCUAAAUGRCUGCAAUAGGCCCUUUGCAUCAAAUUAAGCAAGCCUUGCUCUCCACUUCUAUUUGAAAAAUCAAUAUUUUAAAUUUGCUGUCAUUUUUGAAGUAUSUAGAGUUGAGACUUUCAUUUCUGAACAUCUUUUUAGAUAACUCAUUGAUUUAAAGUAGGUCUUUUAGRAAAAGAUGACAAAAUUCUUAUGACAGAAAGAGGGCUGUCUGGUAACAACUGUGUUAAAAAUUGCAUAUGAUAGAAAUUAGAAAAUUAUAGUGUACAUAAUAAAUAUAUGUUAAAAUAUUCACCGAAUUCUAAAGCUCACAUAUUGUUCUCUUAUUGAAUAAAUAAUGUGUUACAGAAAAUAAAAAAAAAAUGCUUA